AUGGGAGUUGUAAACCUCCUUCUUCUAAUUGUAUUAGUUUCGAGUCAUGGACCCAAAAUCACAAACAAAGUGUACUUUGAUGUUACCAUUGGCAAUGAAGAGACUGCACACCGUAUAGUAAUGGGUCUUUAUGGAAAAACUGUACCAAAAACAGUUGAGAAUUUCCGUGCCUUGUGUACUGGAGAGAAAGGGCUUGGCAAAUCUGGUAAACCUCUGUCAUACAAAGGUUCGAUCUUCCAUCGAGUUAUUCCCGGUUUUAUGAUUCAAGGGGGGGACUUCACCAAUUUUGAUGGGACGGGUGGGGAAUCAAUUUACGGCGAGAAAUUUGCCGAUGAGAACUUCAAAUUGCGCCACACCAAAAAAGGGAUCUUGUCGAUGGCAAAUGCUGGCAAAGAUACAAAUGGCUCACAAUUCUUUAUUACAUUGGUGACAACGGCUUGGCUCGAUGGAAGACAUGUCGUCUUCGGUGAAGUGAUCGAAGGCCUUGAUAUCGUCGAUAAAAUUGCUGCAGUCGGUUCGCAGAGUGGAAAGACCUCACAAAAGGUCACUAUUAUCGCGUCUGGCGAACUCCCAAUGCCUCAAGAAAAUUGA